ACAAACCAAAGUUGUAUGCAGUAAUAUUAUAUUUUUGUUUUGAAGCAGGAUUAGCGAAAUGGACGCUCUGCUCUUCGCGUUGUCAUUUGAGGUGGUUUUACUGCAAAUGAGGAUUUUAGAAGGCAGUGCGGAGCUGAGACUAGCUACAUGGCGGCCUACCAACAAAAUCGAGAGGCUACAAAAGGACAAACUCGUGAAGGACCGAGCUUUGGUGAAGGAUGUGAUAAGAGGAACUCUAAUAGAGGUCGCUGAAACUGGGAAAUGGCAGUCGGUGAAGAACGCAGUGGAGUUGCUCCAACAAUCGGAGACCGAUGUGGAGUCUCUUCGACACACCAACAUGCAACUUAGAGCAACUCGCAAUGCCCUUGCAGCAGAAUUGGAAGCCAAAAGAAGUCAAUGGGCGAUGGAGCUUCGCAACGCUGAUCAGAAAGUAGCUGUUCUUCGAGACAAAAUGAGUGAUGAUCUCCACAACGCAAACACACGUCUUUGCUAUGCUGAAAAAUGGCUAUUUGCACGGUUCGAGUCCUUGGAACUGAAGUUGGAUGUGCCUCGACCGCCCAAACCGCGACCUGACCACGAGCAUCGCGUUCAUGAAGAGUUGCUCAAAGCAUUUGAUCUGCAGAUCAAAGAACACGAGAAAGCCCUGGAGUACUGGCGGCAGCGUUACGACACCGAUAUUGCCGAAAUAAGCUCCAGAGGUCAAAGGAAAUUGGAGCAAUUGCUUAUUGCUAGCGGAAAGAGACAGGAACUGCAAAAGUUGUACGACCUUCAUCAAGGUGAAAUGCGAAGUUGGUUGACAUUUAAACGAGAACGUGCUGCUCGUUUAGCCCGAGAAGAGAAAUUGCGACUUUCUGCGAUGCGCAUACAAGCGUGGUGGCGGGGAGUUAUGGUGCGGCGAGCUCUUGGCCAAUUCAAAUAUCUGCGAAUAACUAAAGGAAAAGGCAAAAAGAAAUAAAAUCUUUGGA